AUGGCUCAACACCCUAUGUAUGGAACCCAGGCAGCCUCGCCUGUGGUCUAUCACCAAAGGUCACCAUCCACACCCCAUGGAUAUGGUUACGGAGACGACCGCCAAGCUCAUCUAGCGUCAAUGGAAUUCGACCCUCAGGCUCGCUACGGAGCUCCAGUUCCUAUGAUGAAUCCCCCAAUGGGAAGACUUUCUUACCCUCCCGCUGGACAACCAAUGCAGCCACCCAGGACCCAUGAAUGGAGCCACCCGGCCCACCUGCCUCGAGAUGCCCUGAGGCGGGACCUUGGAGUAAUGAGCCCCCCCGGAAACCCCAGAAGGCGGACUUCCAACCGGGAUGAAUUUGAUGGCCCGCAUCAGCUCUUGGAGCCACCUUCCGCACAGGCCAUUGCAGCCCAGGACAAAGAGCUCCCUCAGCUCCCUACUAACCUCGAUGCCUCAGAGCAAGACAACAUCUUGCACAAAGUCAACGACCGCCUAUCCCAGUGUGCCUAUGACUUUGUCGCAAAGUACCAGUUCCGAGUUCCCAUCGAGCAGGACAAGAGACCUGUCAAGGUUCCCUCGGACCGCGAGUGGACAGAGUGGGUACACUUGUUGAAGCGAUUGGCGACUACACGACGUAUCCCGGCUCAUCUCCUAUACAACCGACAAAUCAAGCAGCUCAUCACUGUCUUGGAGAACUCCCUGGAGAUGCGCCAUGCUGCCAAGCACCAGUCCCGGCCUGUCAAAGACGACCGGAAUGUGCUACAACUUAUUUCUGCGGGAAUCCAAGUUGCCAAAAUCCUCAAGGAUUCCAGCGCGAUGCAGUUUCUCGAUUGUCUUUAUGUGGACACCGAGAAAUUGAUCCUUGAGCGACGCGGUCGUCGAGUGAGAUUUGCAAACCCUUGA